GAUCCGCCGCUUCGCACAUGCAAAAACCUAAAUUCUUCCUAAAUCUUGAAUUGCAAUUUUUCACACUACGCAGAGAAAGAGAGAGAGAAGAAAAGAAAGAAGAAAAUGGAUGAGAAACCGAAAUCUGCCAUGGAAGCAUUCGAGAAGCUUGAGAAAGUGGGAGAGGGGACAUAUGGAAAAGUGUACAGAGCAAGAGAGAAAGCCACUGGCAAGAUUGUUGCUUUGAAGAAGACCCGUCUUCACGAAGACGAAGAAGGGGUGCCCCCCACCACUCUUCGCGAGGUUUCUUUGCUCCGAAUGCUCUCCAGAGACCCUCAUGUAGUCAGAUUGAUUGAUGUGAAACAAGGCCAGAACAAGGAAGGCAGAACAGUUCUGUACUUGGUUUUUGAAUACAUGGAUACUGACCUCAAGAAGUACAUCCGCAGCUUCCGUCAAACUGGCGAUCACAUCCCACCUAAAAUCGUCAAGAGUUUAAUGUACCAGCUCUGUAAGGGUGUCGCUUUCUGCCAUGGUCAUGGUGUUUUACACAGGGAUCUUAAGCCUCACAAUCUUUUGAUGGAUCGCAAGACGAUGAUGCUUAAAAUAGCAGAUCUUGGACUUGCCAGAGCUUUCACAGUACCCAUCAAGAAGUAUACUCAUGAGAUAUUGACCCUCUGGUACAGAGCUCCUGAGGUUCUUCUGGGUGCUACACACUACUCACCUGCAGUAGAUAUGUGGUCUGUUGCCUGUAUAUUUGCUGAAUUGGUUACAAACCAAGCGCUCUUCCCUGGAGACUCUGAGCUGCAACAGCUUCUGCACAUUUUCAGAUUGUUGGGAACUCCAAAUGAAGAAGUUUGGCCCGGAGUUAGCAGGUUAGUGAACUGGCAUGAAUACCCGCAGUGGAGUCCAAAGCCACUUUCAUCAGCUGUCCCUGGUCUGGAUGAAGAUGGCCUCCAUCUUUUAUCUGAAAUGCUGCAAUAUGAGCCAUCAAAGAGGAUUUCCGCAAAGAAAGCUAUGGAACAUCCUUAUUUUGAUGAUCUUGACAAGUCCCUUCUCUGAAAGUCAGUGAAUUGGCCAGGCUGUCUGCUUUUAUGGGACUUAUCUUGCUUCUCUCAAGCAUUUCUCGGGCCAUAUUUUAAUCAUCAUUCCCCUGGUUUUUCCCCAAGAAUUGUGCUAUAGAUUGACCUUUCUGUAGGAAAGCACUUAGAGUGCUUCCAUAAUUGUAGUUUACUAUCAAUUUGCUUAGUUUGGGCCAUGCUCACUCCCACCUUCUUAGUGCCA